GCUAAACCAUGGUGCAUGGUGGUCCCAAGGCAGCCAUGUCUAGCCUGAGACCAAAGCACAGCAUAAGUGCAUCCAAACCAUCGACCUCAUCCCAUCUUCAGCUUGAUUACGCAGAAAUCAUCAACAUGGACAUAUGUUGGAACUGAACAUACUCCUAUAGUUGUGGAUAUGAUUAUUUAUCAGACUGUGAAGCAUGUGAUAUACCGCAAGGGUUGAUUAUAAUUCGUUCUGAGAGGUCCAACGGUCAACCGAGGUUCAAGGAAGACCUAUCCCUACCACUCAAAAAGGCAUACUUUUGUCUUCACAAUGCAAUGAUGUACAUAGCUUCAUGCUGUGAUAUCCUUCGCUCUAAUACUAGCAAAGAUCAAUAAAUUACUAUCCACUACAAGCCAUCAUGUCCUUGUUCACCAUCCCCAUCUCCUCCACUGGAGGCAGCAUCGUCUGCACUAAUCCCACCUCCUCCGAGAAAGAGAAAAACAUCUACCUCCUCACCUUCACCUCGCCAAAAGACAACAGACUCACCCCAACCUUCAUCGACGCCCUCAUUCUAGCCCUAGACAUAAUCGAACACCGCUUCCCCAAAGGCGUCGUGAUCACGACAAGCGGCAUCCCCAAAUUCUACAGCAAUGGGCUCGACCUGGAACUCGCAACUACCACCGAGGGUUUCCUCGAUAAGUGGCUCUGGAAGCUAUUCCGGCGCUUUCUCACGUUCCCCAUGCCCACAAUCUGCCUGCUGAAUGGGCACGCCUUCGCAGGAGGGCUCAUGCUAGCCAUGUACCACGACUACCGGAUCCAGAAUCCCGCCAAGGGCUUUCUGUGCAUCAACGAGCUUGAGUUCGGGGUCCCGCUGCAGAGCCCCAUGAUGAGCAUCUUCCGGGAGAAAUUGUCUCCGUCAGCCUUCCGGGAUCUGAUUCUUGAGGCGCGACGGUUCGCGGGCCCGCAGUCUGUUGCUGUGGGAUUGGUAGAUGGUGUGGGUGGACUUGAGGAAACGCUUCAGUUGAUCCGGGAGCGGGGGUUGCAGACCAAGGCUGCGACGGGGAUCUAUGGUACGAUGAAGGAGGAGAUGUACCGGCAUACGCUGGACAUCCUGGAUAACCAUGCGGGUAAUCUGGCGUGGAGGGAGAAGGUCGAGGAGAAGAAAGGGACAGCGGAAGAGGCUGCGCUGAGGGCUGUAGAGGCGUUUGAGAAGCAGAGAAAUGCGAAGCUUUGAGUUCAGAUAUAAAGGAAUGUGUUGGGUGCUUGUUCAUAAGAUACCUGCACUACUGCAGAUUUGUAUAUAUUGAGUCCUCUAGACUUACAAGACUGCUUUCAUUCACUG